AUGACUCUCCUGGCUGCAUUUCUGGGCCUGGCUGCUGUGCUGCAGACAUCCACCGGACAGACUCCAGACUUAGCUUCUCUGUCAACUGACAACAGAAAUCAACAAAAGGAGAUUGUUGACAAACACAAUGCCUUAAGGAGACAGGUGAUGCCAACCGCUAGCAACAUGCUGAGGAUGGAAUGGAGUCCUGCAGCUGCAAAGAAUGCCAAAAGUUGGGCAAAUAAUUGUACUUUAUCUCACAGUCCCCCAAAUAAAAGGAGAACUACAGUGAACUGUGGCGAAAAUCUCUACAUGUCAACUGCACCCAAUUCCUGGUCAAAUGCAAUUCAAACCUGGUACAAUGAGGUGGAACACUUCAUAUAUGGUAAUGGGUCAACCAUACCAAAUGCAAUGAUUGGCCAUUACACUCAGGUGGUUUGGUACAGGUCUUACCAGAUUGGAUGUGCACUUGCCUUUUGUGGUUCUCAGAAAUAUUACAAAUACUAUUAUGUUUGCCAUUACUGCCCUGCGGGGAACGACAUAAACCUAAUGAAUACACCUUACAAAUCAGGGCCAGUGUGUGGAGAUUGCCCUAAUGCUUGUGACAACGGACUAUGCACCAAUCCUUGUAAGUAUGUGGACAUUUACUUAAACUGUCCAAAUUUAAAAGUGUUCCCUGGAUGUACAAACUCCACGAUCAAUGCAAUAUGUCCUGCCUCCUGCCGUUGCACCACUGAAAUAAAGUAACAGCCUCUGAUUCCUCUCUUCAUGGAAAUUCUUCUUUUUAAUGACAGCAUCUUUUAGAAAAUCAAGGUCCCAUCUUGCAGCCCUUAUCUAUGAAAUCCUACUGACGUCAAUGGGGUUACUCACCUGAGUAAAAGCUGUAGGAUCUGACCUUUCAUCUCAUGUUUUUUCCUGCCUUAAUUCUUUGUUUUAAAAUAUAGUAGAUUUUUCUUCCUUGCCUGAAAUUCAGCAUUGUAUAUGAUAGACUUGUACAACAUUGAAUGACAGAGAUUUACCUCUAUCAAUAUCAACUUCAUUCUUUACAAAAUACCCUCUAAAGGUCACUUCCUGUCAAGAUAUACUUGUGGCAUCCUUAUUCUGAAAAUAAUGCCAUUGAUACAAUGGGCCAGACUUCUCCGUCAUCAUUCAUGUUGAGUGCCACCUUACUGCACAAU